AUGAAUGUGUGGCAAACAUUAUCAACGAAGGAGACCAAUCCCAAGACUCAUAAUUCGAUCUCCAAAAUGACACCAAUACCCUCGGACGAGAAACUGAGUAUUGGAAAGCUGGUUGCAUUAGAGGGAAACAUAAAUACCAUCACAACACAACUGCGACUUCUUCCACACUCGCAUAUGAUUCUUAUCGUUGCGCCUCUCGAUCAUUACUUGAGUGAAGACCACAAAGGAGAACCAUUUGAAGCUCGAGCAUUUAUCCGCGAUGUUUACAUCGCUCUUGCACAACGAAACGAAGAAGCGAGGUCAUUUCUACGAUCAUCACCUCAAUCAAAAUUGGCAUUUUUGAACGGUGGUAGUGUUAGUGCUCGAGCAAUAUGCGUUGCUAGAAUAUCCCAAAGGCUCACGUAUGGAAACUUCGCAGAAGCAGAGAUUAUCUUUCAUGAUAUUGUCAAAGAUGGAGUAGCAGGUCUUUUUAGAAAUGUCAAGUCUUCAAACACUAUUCCUGAUCCAGGUCCGGCAAAAGCAGCAGUGAGAACUCGCGCGAAGUUACCGAAGAUGUUGGAUUUAAGAAGUACGAGAAGCGCAGCGACGUUACGCGCAAAAGACCUGCCAGGGCAUGACAGCAAUAUUCAAGGGAAAGGAAUACAUAAAGCGAAUGGUUUGAGAAGUAGGGAUGAUAGCGGCCUUCAAAUUAUACGUAUUGCUGGAGAAUCUAGAACAAUCACACCAGAACCAUCAUCGUGGAAAUUCCAAAUUGGAGAUGAUAUCCGGACGACGAUACUUUCGAUACCUUCUGAGCCCAUGUUAAGUCAACCCAAUAGAGAAGGUAGUCGACUUAGCCAGUACAGUGGCACAUUUGGCCCUCAACCUCCAUCGAGCUCGAAACCAUCUUUUCCAGUGCCGAGAAGUAGAUAUUCAACGCAACAAAAUACGGACAUUGACGAGGAUGAGGAUUACUUUGAAUACAUCUCUCAAGAUGACGAGACCUCAUUUUCUACAUCCAACGUUGUCUAUGGUGAAGCAUAUGUUGUGGAUAUGCAAUCUACUUUGCCAACACCUUCCACGCCGGCGGGAUGGACGAAGUCGGCAGGGGAUCUGUUGGUGGAUGAUAGCUCGAAAGAUCUGAGGAAAUUUAAACGUGCAUCAUCAGCAAAUGAUCUUAGGAAUACCUCAAAUAUAUUAAGGAAAAGUUCCAUUAGAGAUUCAUCUUUCGAGCAGUCGCCCAAAACGGCAUUUGUAAAGGCCUCCAGAACUAUGAUCCGGAGCCCUUCUCCUAUGUCGAGCAACUCGGUGAGCUCAAGCUCAAAGAGUAUACCCAUGAUAACUAAGGAUAGUAGUUAUGAGGUUAAGGAGGAUUUCAGUUCAAAUGAGCCGGUAUUCGAUAUCGUUGAGGAUGUAGUAAUUCAUUUCACGGAUAAUUCGCCAAGAGAGAUCAUGCGAUCGAUAUCAGAGUAUAGAAGUGGCAAUUUCCCAAUAUCUCCACCGACUUUACCGCGACCAUUACCCACGCCUCCCAGUACAGCAAAUAUGGCUGAUGAAGCUUUGAAUUCAAGACAAUUCACACCUCAAGAGAGGGCUAAAAGUCAUUGGGACCAUCAGCAGCGUGUCGAAACCGAUCCAUUCUUCUUAAGCGGAUCGCCGGUUUACGAAGAGAUGGAGGACCAACAGAGGGCGUCAGAAAACGUCAAUAUUGUGACCAAUGAACCUUUACCAACACCCACAUCAGCUACGUUUCCUACCCACGAAGACAAAGUCAAUAAGUUCUACGAAUUUUCGGGCGCCUAUACCAACAAAUCAAUGGACAUCCAAAAUGAAUUCCGCUCCUUUUUAAAUUUUCACUUCCCAAAUGAGGCCGCAGCACUUAGCAAACAUCAAAAUACGUUGAUGUCUGGAUUGGGUCCAUUCUUAAAAGAUAUGUUUAGUAAUGGCAAUUCAACUUGUUAUGAGGGACCUGCUGUUGAUCAGAUUCUUACGGUUGGGUGCGAGAAGGGAAUAAGUAAUGUUUUCUGUGCUCAACUUCUUGGACAGGUUGAACACAUUGGUGUCAAAAAAAGUGGCGAGAGCCGAAGUGGUAGAAUUGAUCUCAGGUUUCUUAUUGCAAGCGCCAUGCAAACGUUCAUGUCUCAACCACUUCCUGCGCGCAAAGGUUUAGAUCCCAUGAAUGAUCCCAGAUUGCUUGCCGAUCUGAUAGUUCCCCAUCUCGAAUUAUAUCUAGCUACGAACUCGCUCGUUCGAUUUCUCGUUCUCAGCUUUCCAUUUGACCAAAUCGCAACUGUAAUUGCUCUUCGCAGCCUCCUAGGUUCAGAUCUCGUCAGAGUAGCUGGUGUUUUAGAUACGCUUUCGUCCGAUCCUCCUUCCUUCGCCAAACCCCCUCUUUCCCAGUUUCAUUCUUCGCAUCGUUCAUACGAUUUCGCCAUCUCUACGGCUCAUAGACGUCCCGAGAUUCCAGACCGCAAUAUCCUUAAAUCUUCUCUCGAUGCCUCCAAAGAAGCAGAUGCAGAACUACUCAGUUGCCCUCCAUCCUCCUACUCACUUUUCUUCAAAGCAGACUAUCAUCUUCCUUCCACCGCCUCCUCCCUGGAGAUAGAGAAUUUUCUAUACCUCAUCCGCAAAAAUAUCGUUGAGAGAUUAUCCUGGUAUAGUGUCGAACCAGACUUCCUCCAGCUUUCACCCACACCCAGUUCUACCGUCCUUACGCAAGAUGCAUCAACAUGCACCGACGAAGAACAACCACGUGCAGAUUCCAGCACGCAUUUGCCCACAUUAAUCUUCCCGGAAAACACUUAUCGUACAUCUUCCCUCUACGAUUUCCCCAGUGAUUCCGAAAUCGAAGUCCCACGUCCGGCAACGAGAUUAUCUCCCUCAUCUCCAUACCCAAACAACAAUCGGUCAACUGCAAGAAUACCAUCGCUUAUCGCAGCAGAUUCGGGUUCUAGCGGACAUAGCGGUAGUGGUUCGACGAUCCGCCACAUCCCUAUCGCUAUUGAGCGUCACUCCUCACUUUUCUCCAAUCCCCAUUCCCCUCUCCCGAACCUUUCUCCCUCAAAUUCUGAGUUUUUUCCUCAUCCUCAACCCAUGACUUUAAACGAAAUCCAAGAACCUCAACAGCCGCAUCAUCAUCAACAACAACAAGGAGAAGAAGAAGAAGAAGAAGAGGAAGAAUUCGCAUACGCCGUCCCCGAAAUCUCCCCCUACACCACCACCAGCAGCCCAUCCUCUUCCCCGCACCUCUCUCCCGUCGACUCCCAACUCGACUACACAUACGAAGAAGACAGCGACGAUGAUGCUUACGAUCGCAUGGUCAUGGGUUGUUAUUCGCCCGUCAGCGCCAGGAGACGGAGCAUGUUUUCUAAUAAUCAUAAUAAUGCUAAUGCUAAUGCUCCGUUCGGGGCGGGGAAUGGAGGCCGAAAUGCGAGGGAAAGAGAUGAGCUCGAGAUGCGGGGGUUGAUUCACAAGGGGAACAGUCGGAAAGCGCUGAAAUGGUUGGGUUUGGCUUGA